AUGUCGGCCAAGAAGGCAGAACUGAAGAAAACAAACCCGAACAGGAAUUACAAGACUGUUUGCCUGGAAUUGAAGCCAGAGCCGACCAAAACAUAUGACUACAAAGGAGUUAAACAAGAAGGGCCGUUUACCAAACCAGGAGGGACACAGGAGCUAAAGAAUGAACUCAGGGAGGUAAGGGAAGAGCUCAAGGAAAAAAUGGAGGAGAUAAAACAGAUAAAGGAUGUAAUGGACAAGGAUUUUGAUAAACUCCAGGAAUUUGUGGAGAUCAUGAAGGAACUGCAGAAGGAUAUGGAUGAGAAGAUGGAUGUUUUAAUAAACAUACAGAACAGCAAGCUUCCCCGCAGAAGAGGACCAAAGGAGCAGCAGGAACUCAAGCUCAUAGGAAAGACAGACCCACAGCUUCAGCUCAAGAAAAUGCACGGAGCUGAUGGAGCUCCACUGGUUCUUCACAAGAAGAGUGUGGCACUGCAAAAACCAAAAGAGGACCCGCUGGAUUGCCUUCAUCAAUGUGGGACCUGCUGCGAGAAAUGUUUGUUGUGUGCCCCAAAGAACAACUGCAAUCAGGGACAUACCCCUUCCAAGGCCUCAGGCCCUUGCAAAGGUGGGGAUGAGCCGAUGACCCCCCACUGCUCCACUCUGUGCCCUCACUUCAUCUCAUCCCUAUGCAUUCUAUCAUCUCACAUCAUCACAAGAAGAAAGCUGCAGGCCCGACACCCUAAGGGCCACCACCUGGCAGCCCUCUGUACUGGGGAACAGCGGGCGGCGCUGUGCACUGCCCACGCGCAGUCCCUGCUGGUCGGGAGACGCGCUCAGAGUCCUGCCUCGGCGGCUGUGCGGUGGGCUGAGGUCUGGGGGUCUGAGUCUUUCCUAAAGAGCCUGCUGGUGGGAGGUCAGAGCCCCCAGUUGGCUGGACCAGGACAGAAAACCUGCGAACUCUGCAGGGGUGGGGAGAAGUGGAAGCACCUGGCGGCUUCCACUCCCAGGGGGCCUAAUGGCUCCCGCCUCCUGCUGAGACUCACCCAGGGAGAUUCCCCCAAAGAGGAAGGGCGCUGCAGGCUGAGCAGCCAAAACCAACAGACAAAGCAGCAGCAACAAGUGCCUAUCAGAUACGGGAGAGGCAACUUUGUUGAUGGAAACAGUGAUUGA